UACUGUGACCUGUCGCUGAGGUGACCUGAUGAUAUAGGUCUUGCCUUUCAUUUUAGCUGCCAUUCUGGCAACUGAGCGUUGGCAGGAAACGCAACUUAGUUGUGUCAGAGGACUCACAAUGGGAAACAUUUGUCGUCGCUGCCUCAGCGCAUGUUCCAUCCUGGAUGAAACAGUGGAUCCUGGGGUGCCCAGGAAAUCCCCCGUCAGACACCACCACAGGCAUAAGAAGCGAAUUCUCUGUCACUGGCAUCGCAGGCAUGUACACCCUGGAGUUGCAUCAACGGAAGAUCACAGUGAGAACCUGGCGCGGAAGCGUUCAUCUAAGGACAUCCCAGGUGUUCACGUGGUGGACAAAGACACAGAGAAAAACAGUGACCUGAAACACCUACAGCAGCAUAUGCCAGGGCAGACAUCCUCUGAGGAAGCCACAGGAGUUCACAUGAUGCAGGUGGACCCAGCCACACUGGCGAACGUUCUGACUGAUACACUACAGGAGCUGUCCAGUGACAAGGGAGAGAAGGAGGACCCAGAGGAUGUGAAGAAAUCAUCGGGAGUUCCACCAGGGGAGUGCAACGAAGGCUUGUUGUGUGAGCGUCCGCUCAAGAUACCAUCUGAGAGGUUAUCAGGCUCAUUGAAGAAAAGAGUACACUUUGAGGACGAAGAGCGUGGCAAAGGCUUGUUGUUUGAGCGUCGGCUCAAGAUACCAUCUGAGAGGUUUUCAGGCGCUGUUGAGAAAAGAGUACACUUUAAGGAAGAAGGUGAACUGGAAGACCUGGAGGAGGAUGUGCCAGGGCAGACAUCCCCGGAGGAAGUCAUAGGGGUUCACAUGAUGCCGGUGGACCCAGUCACACUGGCAAAUGUUCUGACUGAUAUACUACGGGAGCUGUCCAGUGACGAGGGAGAGGAGGACCCAGAAGAUGUGAAGAAAUCGUCGGGAGUUCCACCAGGGGAGCGCGAUGAAGGCUUGUUGUGUGAGCAUCAGCUCAAGAUACCAUCUGAGAGAUUCCCUUACUCAUUGAAGAAAAGAGUACACUUUGAGGACGAAGGUGAACUGGAAGACCUGGAGGAGGAUGUGCCAGGGCAGACAUCCCCGGAGGAAGUCAUAGGGGUUCACAUGAUGCAGUUGGACCCAGCCACACGGGCAAAUGGUGAACUGGAAGACCUGGAGGAGGAUGUGCCAGGGCAGACAUCCCCGGAGGAAGUCAUAGGGGUUCACAUGAUGCAGGUGGACCCAGCCACACGGGUAAACGUUCUGACUGAUAUACUACAGGAGCUGUCCAGUGACGAGGGAGAGAAGGAGGACCCAGAGGAUGUGAAGAAAUCGUCAGGAGUUCCACCAGGGGAGUGCAACGAAGGCUUGUUGUGUGAGCGUCCGCUCAAGAUACCAUCUGAGAGGUUAUCAGGCUCAUUGAAGAAAAGAGUACACUUUGAGGAAGAAGGUGAACUGGAAGACCUGGAGGAGGAUGUGCCAGGGCAGACAUCCUCAGAGGAAGCCACAGGGGUUCACAUGAUGCAGGUGGACCCAGCCACACGGGCAAACGGUCAUCUACUAGAGGAGCGAUCCAGUGACAGCAGAAAGGAGGAGGACCCAGAGGAUAUGAAGAAAUCCUCAGGAGUUCCACAAAAGGAUCCUCAAGAGGACCUCGCAGUGCAAUAUCCACAUGAGACACCCGUUGAGAGGAUCCUCCCUGUUAUCAACGCGGACACAUUCACAGAGACAAAUGGUGACAAGGAACUUCUGGAGGAGGAUGUGCCAGGACAGACAUCCUCGGAGGAAGCCACAGGGGUUCACAUGAUGCGCAUGGACCCAGCCACAAUGCUGAAGUUUGUGCCGGAGCAUCUGCAGGAGUGGUCCAGUGACAGCGAAGACGAGGAGGACCCAGAGGAUGUGGAGAAAUCCUCAGGAGUUCCACAAAAGGAACUGGGAGACUCCACCAUUACAGGCAGCCACCAGCAGAUGUCAGCAAGUCCCUCCUCUGCACCUGCAGAAGAAGCAACAGAAAAGACAAAAGUGGAAGAGGAAGUGAAAACCACGAAGAAAACCAGGAAGCCCAGGAAGAAUACCUGGUGGAAUGUCCUGAACUGUUGGGACAUUUUUAAUAGAUUUUAGAGACCUCUGAAGAUUCCACGAACACCAGGCAGGGCCCUGAUGUGGGGAUGUCAGCCUGGCUCAGACUUCAUAUGGAUCGUGAUCAUUUUGGGAACUGUGCUACUCCAAAAACUUUUAUAAUCUUUGCUCAAUUUGUUUUUAAACAUUUUCCUGGCUGGGCAUGGUGGCUUAUCCCUGUAAUCCCAGCACUUUGGGAGGCCGAGGCAGGUGAAUCACCUGAGGUCAGGAUUUCGAGGCCAGCCUGGCCAACAAGGUGAAACCCCGUCUCUACUGAAAAUACAAAAAUUAACUAGGCAUGGUGACGCACUCUUGUAGUCCCAGAGGCUUGGGACUUGGGAGGCUGAGGCAGGAGAAUCGCUUGAACCCGGGAAGCAGAGGUUGCAGUGAGCUGAGAUCAUGCCACUGCACUCCAGCCUGGUGACAGAGUGAGACUUCGUCUCAAAAAAAAAAAAAAUUCUGACUUUAACCUCUGUUUUUUA